AUGAAUGUCAUAAAUGGUUUAAACUUGUCCAGCGCAAACUAUCACAAAGCCGUGGAGUUACUAGUAAAUCGCUUUGGGAAAACACACAAGAUUGUGAACGCUUGUAUGAAAGCUCUUUUAGAUUUGCCAGCACCCUCAUACACAUUAGAUAGUAUCCGUAAUUUUUCGGAUAAGUCAGAGGUUUAUAUCCGUGGACUAGAAUCUUUAGGACAGUGCCAAGAUACGUAUGGUUCCCUGUUAAUCCCAGUUAUGCUUGGUAAGCUCCCUAUUACCGUAAAAAGUAAUAUCACAAGAGAAAACGGAAACGACGACUGGACUCUAGGAAAUCUUAGAAAGGCAAUACAACGUGAAAUAUUGAUUCAAGAAGCUAGCACUAAUGAUAGUGCGUCUAAUGAUAUACCUACCGCAAGUUUCCAUGCCGGCAUUGGUAAGAAAAAUGGGAAUUACGUAAAUAAAUCAAAGUUUAAAAACUAUUCUCAAAGUAAAAUGUGCAUUUAUUGCAAUGAUCAACAUUUCCCUGCAGAAUGUAAAAAGUUCACCGACAGCAAAUCAAGAAUGGAUAUUGUUAAGAAGAGAAACCUAUGUUUCAAUUGUUUGGGUAACCAUAAAAUAUCAGAAUGUAGGUCGAAGAACACAUGCCGUACAUGUAAACGUAAACACCACACUAGUUUAUGCCAUGAAACUUCAAGUCAAAAUUUACAGAGUCAGAAUAUUACAAGUAAUACAGAAAACGGCACGCCAAUCAUGCACACAUCUGCUAAACAGGAAAACUCGACCGUCUUCUUGAAAACAGCAAUCGCUCCAAUAUGGUCACAGAAUCAGUACGCCGACGCUCACAUCCUUUUCGACGAAGGAGCGCAACGAUCAUUUAUUACACAGGAAAUAGCCGACAAGUUGAACGUCAAGCCAGACGGAAAAGAAACCCUCAACAUAUCCGCCUUCGGAAAUUCGGACAAGAACGUUCGUCACAUGAAUAAAGCCACAGUGUUUUUAGAAGCAGACUCAGGAGAGAAAAUACCUUUACAGGUAUUGAUUGUACCUACCAUAGCAGCGCCGAUUCAGAAUAACCGCAGGUACAUUUCGCAACAACUUCAUUAUUUGAAAGGACUAAAACUAGCCCACCCGUUAUCAGAGGAUAAUAGAUUUGAAAUUUCGUUACUCAUUGGAGCAGACCACUACUGGGAUGUAAUGGAGGAUGAUAUCGUUCGAGGCGACGGACCGACAGCGAUGAGCUCCAAGAUAGGAUAUUUGUUAUCUGGACCACUUACAUGUACAAGAGGACAACGCAAUUCACACAAAAGAGGACUAUGA